AGAAUGAAAGGAGCUCACUCUGCUUUUCCUGGCAGCCCGGUGCGGGAGCUAAUGCUGAACACUCAGCGGUGGAAUCCUGACUGCAUGUUUAAUGAGAAACAUAAUGUAUUUUGGAGGUACAUGCCAGAGCCCUGCUCUUCCAGCCCUGGUACGUCCUCCAGCCCCACCUUUGCAGCCAUCACUGGAUAUCAAACCUUUUCUUCCAUUUCCUCUGGAUACUGCAGCAGCUGUAAAUCUCUUCCCCAACUUCAAUGCAAUGGACCCAAUUCAAAAAGCAGUAAUAAAUCAUACGUUUGGGGUUCCUCUUCCUCACAGAAGAAAGCAAAUAAUAUCGUGCAACAUUUGUCAGUUAAGGUUUAACUCAGAUAGCCAGGCUGCGGCCCACUACAAAGGCACUAAACAUGCCAAGAAGCUCAAAGCACUGGAAGCCAUGAAAAAUAAGCAGAAAUCUGUAACUACCAAGGACUCCGCAAAGACUACCUUCACUUCCAUCACUACCAAUACCAUCAAUACCAGCUCUGACAAAACAGCAAACAAUACAACAGGGACACCAGCAAUAUCAACAACUACAACAGUCGAAAUUCGGAAAAGCAACAUCAUGACAACUGAAAUCACCUCUAAAGUUGAAAAGCUCCCCACAACAGCCGCUAGCACCAACACAUGUUCUUUGGGAGAGACAGAGGAAGAAAAGGCCAAGCGACUCCUUUACUGUUCACUAUGCAAGGUUGCUGUCAACUCCGCCUCACAGUUGGAGGCUCACAACAGUGGCACGAAGCACAAAACUAUGUUGGAAGCACGAAAUGGAAGUGGAACCAUCAAAGCCUUUCCCCGAGCAGGUGUCAAAGGCAAAGGACCCAUUAAUAAAGGAAACACGGGACUUCAGAACAAAACAUUUCACUGUGAAAUUUGUGAUGUGCAUGUAAAUUCUGAGACACAACUUAAACAGCACAUAAGCAGUAGAAGGCACAAAGACAGAGCUGCUGGGAAGCCCCCGAAACCCAAAUACAGCCCCUACAACAAACUCCAGAAGGGAACACACCCUCUUGGGGUAAAAUUAGUGUUUUCAAAGGAACCUACAAAACCAAUGGCUGCACGCAUCCUACCAAAUCCUCUCGCAGCUGCCGCAGCAGCUGCUGCUGUGGCCGUCAAUUCCCCUUUCAGUCUUCGAACAGCCCCACCAGCUACCCUCUUUCAGACUUCCACCCUUCCUCCAGCACUUCUCCGACCGGCCCCAGGACCUAUACGGACCACUCAUACGCCCGUGCUCUUUGCUCCUUACUGAACUCAA